AUGUCUGCUACUGUCGAAACACCCUUGACCAACAAGGUCGUGAGCCGCGACGAGUGGCUUGCUGCUCGCCUGGCGCUGCUUGAGAAGGAGAAAGAGCUGACCCGCGCCAACGACGCCCUCGCAGCUGAGCGCCGUUCGCUCCCCAUGGUCCAAGUUACCAAGCCAUAUUCCUUCAAGUCGUCGUCUCAGGCCGACCUCACGCUGGCAGACCUGUUCAACGGCAAGGACCAGCUCAUCGUCUACCACUUCAUGUUCAGCCCGGACAGCGACUCUGGCUGCCGCGGCUGCACGCACAUGGGCGAGUCCCUCCCCGACGUCCGCCACCUGCGCUUCAAAAACACCAACCUCGUGUGCGUGUCGCGCGCGGCGCCCGCCAAGCUGGAGCGCUACAAGGCCCUCGCCGGGUGGACGUUUCCGUGGUACUCGAGCGAGGGCUCCGACUUUAACUACGACUUUUGGGCAACGACGGACGAGGCUCGCGGUGGCGCCCAGCUGCUCAACUUUCGCACCAAGAAGGAGACCGAGGACCGCGGCGGGGGGUGGUAUGACGGAGACGUCCCCGGAUUCAGCGUGUUCUACAAGGACGGUGACAAGAUUUACCACACGUAUUCGACGUUUGCGCGCGGCGGCGACAAGCUGAUGCCGACGCUCGGGCUACUCGACCUCACGCCCCUGGGCCGACAGAUUGGGCCCUGGGGCCCGGCGGAGUUCAAGUUGAAGAGCGAGUAUGAGGAGGAGGCUUGA